UAGGAGGGUCGUUGUACGUCAUCGCUGAUGAAGCGGGACCUGACAUGUGGCCAGACUUCAAGACUUUUUGUGACAAGCUGCUGACAAAAGUUCCUCGUCUUCAUCUGUGGGCGGCAAGUUGUUUUCAUGAACAAGCACCCGCUGGAUGGCAAGUGGAAUAUUUAACCAGACCCCUCCGCUCUCCACCGGUUGUCGUCAGGGAAGUCGAGCAGAACGAGUUUAUCACCGAGCUUAAUGAUGUCCACCCGUAUAGUAAGCGAGGUGUACCCGACCACACAGACGGCCCGCCAGUCACACGACUGUAUCACCGAGGUGAGGGUCACUCAGGUCGCUGGCCAGUUGACUGUGUCACGUGCGGUCGUGAGGUGGCCAGCUUCCUACACAGUCUUCGUGAUGGUGUCACAGACAAUGUCACGACAACAUCCACGACUGUCAGCGCCACCUGCAGCGGCCAGCCACCCUGCCUGCAGUGGAGAGAUGUGUUGGUGUUGUACUGGGGUGUCGUUAGUCACAACUCUAAUGUACUGCAUGGAAUGAAAACUGAGGACAUCCCAGUGAAGGUGAUGAAGGACGAUGACAUCGAGGACGUGGCCACUGCCCGCAGUGACGUGGUGUGGGUGGCGAAUGGACAUCAUGUUCGUGGUCUGGAGAGAAAAGUCGUCGUGUGUGUGGUUGAUAAUGAUAAUGUUGAUUAUGAUAGUGUUGUUAAUGUCCGACUUCACUGCAUGUCGCGGUGUUCGGCACAACUUGUGAUUGUGUCCCCCUGAUGACUGUCCGAGUGAUCAUCACACACACACACCUGCCACCUGUUGUAGUCUUGUAGCUACACCUACGCCAAUACGUGUCUCAGGUACGGACCUUCAGUUACUGGAUGUGUCUCUCAAUCAUUGCCUCUUUGCCCUAUCAAAGCAGCCACCCAUCGUAACAAACCCUAACAAAGAAGGGCUUUCACUUUCGUUUCCGAUUUCAAAAUGGCAUGUCUUCCGAAUGUAAAAAAAAAUGAAGUUAGUAAUUAAACUUUUAUUUCAUCAGAACCUUUUUAAAGAAGUUUGAUUGCAAAUCAACAGUAGGAUUUUCUCUAAAACGUAUUGUCUUUGUUUAUAGAAAGUGCCUAUAGGUCUGUAGACAACUUUAUCGUAUAAAAACAACGUCAAAACAGAUUCUGUUGUUUUAAAAAUAAUAAUGGUGAGAAUUGUUAAAGCGUAAUAUCUCCGCCAAAGGAAACUCAGUGCCGUGAACAAGAUUCCACAACAGUAACAAAGAUGUAGAGCAAGGUCACAAAGUAGUAACAAAGAUGU